CUUACUCGCCUUUUCAAAACAUCGUGCUGUUCGACAGCUAGCUCUUCUGGAGAGCUGUCGAAGCUGUUCUCCACUCACAUACCCAAGUCGCGCCAUGCGCCAAACACAUGACUUCACAUCAAGUCUUCUAUGAAGACGAUGUCUCAGACGACCAAGAGUCAGACAUUAAUACAAGUCCUCACGCAAUAUCUGGACACCUGCGAAUAUCGAAUCUGAAUUCUGCUCUCAUCAUGCCAGAUUCCGAUAUGCCAAUGAGCGAAGGGAAUGAAGAAGUCCCGCAGGUCGACAUGAUCAACUCACUGAUCUCAGCGACACAUCCUUCUGGAAAACUUACUCGUCCAACAAAGGACCUUGCGGCCGACCGCCCACCGAGACCAAUGCACUCUGCUUUACGCCCAGAUUUGUAUGAUUUUAAUCAUAAUGCCUCGCCCCAACGAGUACCGUCUCUGCCCAUCACUCGUCGCGAGAAUCCACAAGAUACUCCCCAAGGACCUCCGGUAAAGCGAUCAAAGACAACUCACAGAGUUGGCCUGAUUACUCGAGGCAAUCAUCAGCAUCCCACACCUAAGCCGCCUCUUCUACCAGCGAAGAAGCAGAACAGCCGGCAACCGCCCAGUCGAGAGGUAGCAACUUCUGCUCCGCCUGUUUCAACAAGCAGCCUACGACUAACACGCUCUGCACGCGGUGUAGUUCACCAACAAUUGGACUUGUCGCAGCCCCGGAAACAACGGCGUAAUUGUCCUGCAGUGCAAUUGGAUUCUGCUUCAGAGGAACUCCUGCCUGAGAGCCAGUCCCAAAACGAGGAAGCCAUCCAUUCAUCACCAGGUCCGGAAGUUCUGAUUGAGGGUGCUUCUUCCGUUCAGCCACCGGGCCAACGAAUUGGAUCCGGAAUUCACCCUGCAUCUCUCCAAGCCGUUGUCCAGGAACGUGAAACUAGUCUGGAACCGCCAACUCCUUCCAUACCUCCUCCAUCUGAACAGCGCCAGGCGAGUCCGGUUCAUUCCUUGGGCCGUGAGGUUUCUCCGCUACCCCAAGCCAUCGGUGUGCCACCAGGAGUAGUUCAAGAAACGCAGAAGGACCAGUCUCCAGACAGUGCUCUAUUCGUGACCCCUGAGUCGGCUCCUAGAGGUGCGCAAUCAACAGCAGGGAGUCAGGAGAUGGGAAGGAGAGUGGACGAAAUAUGCAAACAAUACGCAUCUGACGACCAAGAUGAAGAUGAGGAAGAUGAAGAAGAAGACCGUAACAAUGAAGUAAAUGACUCUGAGGAUAUCCACAUUCCAGAACAGCUGGACGAAGCCCUCGAAUUCGCGCAUGAUCUCGAUGAGGCGGCCAACAGCGACCAUGUUCCAGAGGAGCUCGGCGGCAUCAACAUCCUGAAAAGUUACAGUCGCUUGAAGAGGAUUGUCGGCCGUUGGAGAUCUGCCAAUGACAAUACUAGGACAGACGACUUGAUCACGCUUUCGAAUGAUGUUUUGAAAGAAGCAAAGUCGAUUCUCGAAAAGUCUGAUUGGAAUGGGGAGAGGGCACUUAAACACAUAUACACACGAGUCUUGCCUAGUCUUGUUCGGAUGCUCUACGUCAGCAUGGUGUACUACCUUUCUGAAGCUGGGACCAUCAAGAGGCUCUCCUAUGAACCACUGAAGGGAUGCAGAAACGUCACCAAGGCAGUCAUAGAGAUAUCAGAAAAGGUGCAAUCAAGCAAUACAAGGAAGAAGGUUCCUCGUCCACGAGCUGCUAUUGCAAUGCUUGCCAGGAUCAAGAAUGUACAUGAGAUUCUAGAAAGACAUUUGAGAAUGCUCAAGCAGGUCAAACACGCAGCUGAAUAUGCAGAAAAGCAACGAGUCAAACGCGAGCGACAGCAAGUGGCCGCUCUCGAAGCGGAAGCAGAAAAUGCACGCAGACGCCAAAUCCAGAGAGAGCGACAGCAGGCAGCUGAACUCGAGAGGGAAGUCGAACAUACACAAAGACAGCAAUCACGACGUGAGCGACAGCGAGCUGCUGAGCUUCAAGAGCAAAACGAGUUGAAGAUCAGGAACUGGAGAGAACACUGGCGGGUGCUCCAUGAUCAAAGAUUUGGCGCGGAACUCGAAGGUCAAUUCUGCCUGCCUCUCGACAAGCAACAACACCUCAAAUUUAUCCCCCUGGAGAGCGCAUCAGUCGAAUAUCCCUACUGGCACCCUCAUGAUCAUGUCUACUACUUGGGGGAGGGGCUGCAAGAGUUCGCAGGACCGGACGUGUAUCGCAAAAUCUUCCGCAGGUACUGCUGCCGAGGAGGUCCUCUACAGGAUUUCAACGUAUCAGAGAUCGUGGACAAGGCAGUGUCUUUACGAGAUUCGCUCAUGAUGGUGGCCGCAGAGGAUGGCGAGGAUCAAGAGCAGUGGGUCCUAGAUAUACCCGAUCCUAGAAAGCCGCCGGCAGCUCUACGCUAAUCCGAACGACGUUGAAAUGGCUCAGUCCCUAUAAGUCAGUGGCUUUCAUUCAAAGAAUAAUACAUACUUUCUCCAACUUUCUCAGUAUAUCGUGGGAUGUCUGUCGUGCACCAUAAUCACUACGAAUUCGCAUACUUGGUCGAAGUCGUCUUCGAGGUCAUCCCGAUC